AUGGCUCGGAACAGUGAAAAGGCUAUGACAACACUGGCGAGGUGGAGAGCAUCUCAAGUAGGAGGCAUCAAAGAAAAGGAGCGUAGACCUUACCUUGCAACAGAUUGUGAUAAUCUGCAAGAAGCAGAGAAGUGGCGCAGACAGAUCAUUGGUGAGAUAUCCAGAAAGGUUGCACAGAUUCAAAACGCGGGUCUUGGUGAGUUCAAGCUGCGGGACCUCAAUGAUGAAAUCAACAAGCUGUUGCGGGAGAAGGGACACUGGGAAGAUAGAAUCAAAGAGCUUGGAGGUCCAGACUAUAAGAAAACCGGGCCUAAAAUGCUGGAUAGUGACGGGAAAGAGGUGCCAGGGAAUAAAGGUUACAAGUAUUUUGGAGCAGCCAAGGAUUUACCUGGAGUAAGAGAGUUGUUUGAACAAGAGCCGCCUCCACCUCCCCGCAAGACCAGAGCCGAGCUCAUGAAGGACAUCGAUGCUGAUUACUAUGGUUACAGGGAUGAGGAUGACGGGAUCAUUGUUCCUUUGGAGCUAGAGGCAGAAAAGAAAGCCAUCAAAGCUAAAGUGAGGGACUGGAAAGAAAAACAAAACAAAAUAAAAACUGGUGAAAUCCCUGAAGAGCAAGUCACAGAGAUGGAAACAGAGCCAGUACCUGCAGAUAUGGUCUCUGAAGAUGAAGAUAGUGAUGAAGACUUUGAUUCCACGCAAGACGCUGUUGUGAAUGAUCUCGACAAACAGAGGUUUAUUGCUCAUGUCCCCGUUCCUUCACAGAAAGAGAUUGAGGAGGCAUUGCUUCACAGGAAAAAGAUGGAACUGUUACAAAGAUAUGCCUCGGACAGUUUGCAAGAAGAAGAAAUGGAAGCCAAAGAAAUGUUAGGUGUCUGA